AUGACGAAUGGCAAAUCAAUUGCUGAUUUUUUGUCAAGAACAAUGGCAAUAGUCAGUCAGAUGCGUACCUAUGGAGAAAAAAUCUCAAACGAAACAAUUGUUGCAAAGGUGUUGAGAAGCUUGAUUCCAAAGUUUGACCAUGUGGUGGCUACCAUAGAAGAAGCUAAGGAUCUAUCCAUACUCUCAGUUGAUGAACUGAUGGGCUCGUUUCAAGCUCAUGAGGCAAGAAUCAAUAGAUCAUUAGAAAGGAACAAAGAAAAGGCACUACAAGUGAAGGAGACAACCAACAAUGAAAACAACAAAAGAGAAAGUAUUUAUUUAGCAGGUAGAGGUAGAAGUCGUGGAAGAGAAGGAUUUUGGGGAGAGGCGAUAAUGAAG